AUGUCCCCCGCCCGGCACAGCCUGCUCGAGACCGACGCGACGCCGACGCCGCCGACGCCUGCGCUGCUUCUGACAGCUCGCGCAACGGGCAAAGCGCUCCGACGCCCCAACGCGCGCUCGGCGCAGACCGUUCCGGCUCUUGGCAGGCCCCGCCCGAAGUGGCCACCGGAAGCUCCACGUGGUUUUUGCGGGAGCACGUGGGCGGAGCGCGGGUCCGGCUGGUUCGCCCUGCCUGGCCUCCCCUGCGCCCUCUCUCGGCCGCGUGGCUCUGCUGCCCUCGCCUGGCCGCCCUCGGGUUGGCUCCGGCGCGCCGGCAGCAUGGAGCGGCCCCCGCGGAGGCAGCUGCCGGAUUCCAACGCCCGGUACCGGGACCAAAGCUUCUGGGAGUCGCGGUAUCGGGCUGAGGGGGCCAAUCCGGCGGAAUGGUUUGGGGGCUUGGAAAGCUUCCGAGAACAGCUGGAGACGGAGCUGAACGCGGGAGACCGGAUCCUGGUGCUGGGCUGUGGAAACAGUGCUCUGAGUUAUGACCUCUUCCAACUCGGAUAUACGGACAUCACUAGCAUAGACUACUCAGCAGCAUGCAUUGCAAGUAUGCAAGACCGCUACGCCCACUGCCCAGGCUUGCACUGGGCAGUGAUGGAUGCCCGGACGUUGGACUUUGUGGAUGGAAGCUUUGAUGUCGUCCUAGAGAAGGGCACUCUCGAUGCCAUGAUGGUGGAAGAAACAGACCCCUGGAAUGUCUCCCAUGAAGCCAGGAUGCUCCUUGACCAGGUGUUAACAGAGGUCAGCAGAGUCUUACGGGCAGGUGGGCGGUUCAUCUCCAUCACUUUCGCCCAGCCGCACUUCCGCAAGCGCCAUUAUGCCCAGCCUGCCUACGGUUGGUCCAUCCGACACGUCCCGUACGGACACAGCUUCCACUACUUCCUCUAUGUCAUGACGAAGGGCGAGGAGCCGUCCCCUGCAGACCUGGCCCUGGGGCGGAGCCUCCACCGGCGUCCCGCCACUCCUCCACCCACAUGCUACCUCCAGGACUCGGACAGCGAGGAUUACCUUUCCGCCAUUGAACUGUGAUACCCGGGGGGGAAAUGAGCGUGGGGCAAAGCCAUCCAUCCACGUGGCAA